GGGCCUGAGGUUGUAACUUUAACAGGUGUAAGUAUUUCUUUCCUCUGUUUCAGCUGGAAGUUUUGAGAGUGAAAUAUUCACAGCCAUUAAGAGACCUCCAAAUUAAUUUCUCAACAUGCUUAUUCUAUAGUUCACAUUCAAUCCAGAGCACUGAAGGAACUGAACAAGUGGACACUGUAGACAUCAGAUAGCUGACCAUGGUGUUGGCCAUGGCGUCUCAGGAUGCUCAGAACUUCUUCCAGCCUUUCUCUUCCUGGAUAUCUCGGGUUUAUGAAGCUCUCCAGCAAGCAGGAGAUAUGUUAUCUGCUUCGCUGGUUAACAUAAGCAAACAAGACUCUAAAUUGAGUGACAAACUAGAUCAGGACUUAAAUAAUAUUCAGAUUCAGGAAACAUACUUUGAAGAUGAAGAACAAGACAAUGAUUGGAGUCAAGAGGAUGCAAAUUCCUUGUUUCUUGAAGUGGAUCAUUUCUCAUGUUGUAAUAGUGAUUUGCAGGACUCUGCCCAAAAUUCAAGCCUCAGGCUUAGCCAACAUGCAAAGGACUCAUGUUCCACAAUGUCCCAGUGGCCCAAUCGGGCCAGUCAUGACCACAAGUCACCACAUGUGCUUUCUUCUAUUGCGGAGGAAGAGCAUCACCUUGAAAAGCAAAGAAGUGGCCUUCAACAUGGCUUUGACAGCCAGCUCCCUGGUACUUUAGAAACUGUUAAUGGAAAAAAGCAAGUCAACAGCUUUGGGGAUGACGAAGAGCUGUCCACAUCUUCCGACAGUGACGAGGAGGUGAUCAAACAAUUUGAGAUUUCCGUGUCCCGGUCCCAGAGUUUCCGUUCAGUGACAUCUGAGAAAGGAAAGCAGACAGGAUUGGAGCAGAAACCAAAAUUCAGCCGUUUGUUGUUGACACACGGAGAAGAUGGCACAGAAGUAUCUGCCUGCGAAGAUUUGGAUGGAGCCAGCCAACGGCGUUAUUCUGAGAAUCUCUCCUAUGGUGAAGAUGACCACAUCCCUGCUCACUCACAGUCCCCAUGUGAGAGGGGGGAUGCCAAACACCAUGGCACAUCGCACCAAGAGUCCAAUGUGGUCCAAAGCCUCAGGCGCCAAUCCACAGAGGGCAGCUUGGAGAUGGAGACAGCUUUUAAUAGCCGGGGAUUUGAAGAUUCCUAUGCCACUGACAGCUCCUCCAUGUGGAGUCCAGAGGAACAGGACAGGACCAAUUUGCAGGUGCCAUCCGGAGUCUCAGAGCCCAUCUCAAAGUGUGGUGACCUAGAUGUCAUCUUUGAAUAUAGAGCCUCCAGCCAGAAGCUCACAGUGACCAUUGUGAGGGCACAGGGCCUCCCAGAUAAGGACCGAAGUGGUGUCAACUCCUGGCAAGUUCACGUAGUGCUGCUGCCUGGUAAGAAACAGAGGGGCAGGACGAAUAUACAGAGAGGGCCCAACCCCAUCUUCAAGGAGAAGGUCACCUUCGCCAAGCUGGAGCCCAGAGACGUGGCUACCUGUGCUGUCCGCUUCCGCCUGUACGCUGCCCGGAAGAUGACCCGAGAGAGAAUGAUGGGAGAGAAACUAUUCUAUCUCAGCCACCUGCACCCAGAAGGGGAAAUGAAAGUGACUCUGGUUCUGGAGCCAAGAAGUAAUAUAAGUAGUGGAGGGUCUCCGCUCAGCCCAUCUGCGGUUUCUCACAGUGAUAGUACUUCAUCCACGCAGUCGCUGUCUCAUGGAGGGGCGCCAGAGCUGUUGGUGGGGCUCUCGUACAAUGCCACAACGGGGCGAUUAUCUGUGGAAAUGAUCAAAGGCAGCCAUUUCCGAAACCUUGCUGUUAACCGAGCACCUGAUACAUACGGAAAACUCUUUCUCCUCAAUUCUGUGGGUCAAGAGAUGUCCCGUUGCAAGACGUCCAUUCGGCGUGGUCAGCCCAAUCCUGUCUAUAAGGAGACCUUUGUCUUCCAGGUGGCCCUCUUUCAGCUGUCUGAUGUCACGUUGAUGAUUUCCGUUUAUAACAGGCGUACUAUGAAGCGUAAAGAGAUGAUUGGCUGGAUUGCCCUGGGCCAGAACAGCAGUGGAGAGGAGGAACAAGAUCAUUGGGAGGAGAUGAAGGAAACUAAAGGCCAGCAGAUAUGCAGAUGGCACACUUUGUUGGAAUCCUAGGUUUGCUAACCUGCAUUUGUGUGCUGUGUCCACCUUGGUUACCUGUGUUGCUGUCUACUGACACCAAGUCGGUGUGUCCUGGCAAGUGUUUCAGGGUUUCAAAAACAGAUUCCAGUAACCCCUAGGACAUUGUGAGUGGGAGUUUUGGGUUUCUCAAUAGUUUGAUUUGGAUUUAAAUAUUGUAAUUUUAAAAACACACGUACACAGUGAAAUGUCCAUAUGGAAAAUGUUAGACCACAAUUAAGACCACUGAUGAGUUAAUUUGUGCCAAUAGAUCAUUGAAUUUUGGUUCAGGGUAUGGGGUGAAGCUUCUUCUGCUGUCUCUGUUUGCUUGAAGAGUAACCUGAGAUUGCAAGGGAGCUGUUAAAUGUUACUAUUUGCAACCAUUUAGGUGGAUGAAUCAGAAUUUUCUUAAUAUGGUACAAAAAACUUCAAAAUAUAGAAAUGAAUCAGAUGCUGAGCCUCAUAGAAGAAUCUAACUCUAAUCCAUAAACUCUUAUUUCACAUUUUUCUCUUUAUCAAAGAAACCUAUUUACCUAAUGAGUAAAUAUUAUAAACUAGCACUUUUAAAAUAAAUUUGUAUUAAUUAAAUACCUCUUUUAUCUUAUAUUUUGUGGUUUCUAUGAGAUUUGGUUAGAUGAAUCAUUUUGAAGCAAGAAAAGAGUUCAGAAACUACUGUUUUAAGACAACUUGUCUCCUUUUGAAUAUGUGAGAUUUCAAACUUGUAGCUUUCAAAGUUUUUAUGCUGUCUUUCUCACCCAGUAAGUUCUUACAGAAUAAGAAGAAAACAAAAAACAAGACUAUUUCAGUUAUAGAUUUAUUGAUUUUUCUGAUUCUGGUGUUCUUUUGGAUUAAACAUUUUCUAUGUUCAAUUAUAUAUACUCAUAUAUUAAUAUUUUGAAUGUACUGCAUGUAAAUCAUGCUCUUUUUAAAUUGAGUAUUUUCCACCACUAGAGCAUAGUGAAUUGUACACCGUGGGUCUUUAAUAAAUAUUGAUUUGAU